AUUGUCCCGACCAGAGGAGCCGAGGAGGAGAAGGACCUGGGGGGGGGAAAGCAGCUCGUCCUGAACCCGAUAGCCCCAUUAGCUACACGGAUUAACGCAGCUUUGCGGGCUAUUGCUAACACACGAGAGCGUUUCCACUUGUUCCUUCGAGUAAUUUUCGUCGGGGGGUAAGGUUGUUUGGCCCACUUUGGAGAGGUCUAACGCGGCGGAGGGAAGCUUCGUUAACGGUUGUUUCCCCCGUUGGAGCGGACGGAGCUCCGGUUGUGGCCGCCGGAAGGAGCCGGAGCUUCCACACGGAUUAUAACAACAACAACAGAAUAAUACACGCUUUGAACAUUGCUUUUUCUCCUUUUGGGAUAUUUUAAAAGCAACAUGUCGAGUUAUUUUUCUUUUUUCUGAAGCUAUGCGACCGGAGCUUCGUCGAGGAGAAGUUUGAUCGGAGAGCGGUGUGCGCUGGAUUUGCUGUCCGAUGGAUGUUAGCCCCGUCCGGCCGUGGCUCCGCUCUGAAACCAGCCGGUGAAACGUCCUCAGGCUCCGGUGAAACGCGUCCGUUCGAUGCUCAAUGUGACAAUGCUGCAGACAUGGCAAGUGCAUGACGGCCGCGGCUUCGGUGCCAACACGUCGCCCUCCAUCGCCCGCCUGUAAACCUGGAAAUACCUCCAACCAGCCCCUCCAUCUUCUCCACCCCCCUUCUGUUGCUUUUUUUUGGGGAGGGGGGACAAGGAAGGCUUGCUGGGAUAUUUUGGAUCUAGACUCGUUAUUGACAUUUUUGCAAACGUCCUUUUUGCUCUCCGCGAGACAUUUGAUUUAACUCUUUGAGUGUGAGAUAUUUUUUAGUUGGUGUUGCUUUAUUCUCUUUCCAGUCAGAGGAUCUAUUCGGAUGGAAAAUGGGAGACGCCACCAAACUGGCCUUCGCCGUUUUCCUCAUCUCCUGUUCUUCAGGGGCCAUCCUGGGACGCUCGGAGACGCAAGAGUGCACCUACUACAACUCCAGCUGGGAGAAGGAGCGCACCAACCGCAGCGGCAUCGAGCCCUGCUAUGGCGAUAAAGAGAAGCGAAGGCACUGCUUCGCCACGUGGAAGAACGUCUCCGGCACCGUGGAGGUCGUCCGGCAGGGCUGCUGGCUGGAUGACAUGAACUGCUACGACAGUAGCGAGUGUGUGGAGAGGAAGGAGAGCCCCGACGUUUUCUUCUGCUGCUGUGAGGGCAACAUGUGCAACGAGAAGUUCCUGUACGCCCCUGAAGCUACGCCGCAGAGCGACCCGCACCAUUCAACCGCCUACACAACCUCCAACCCCUUUUCCCAGAAGCCCCAGCUCUUCAGCACCUUGCUCUACUCCCUGGUCCCCAUCAUAGGCCUGGCCGCCGUGGUCCUCUUCUCCUUCUGGAUGUGGAGACAUCAUAAACUGGCCUACCCAGCGGCCCUCGUCCCCACACAUCACGCCUUUCACAUAAUGGUGGAGGACCCCGGGCCCUCACCCCCGUCCCCCAUUUUGGGACACAAACCGCUGCAGCUGAUUGAGAUGAAGGCCAGGGGCCGCUUCGGGUGCGUGUGGAAGGCCCAGCUGCUGAACGACGUCGUGGCUGUAAAGAUCUUCCCCAUUCAGGACAAGCUGUCAUGGCAGAACGAAUACGAGAUCUUCAGCGUGAGCGGCAUGAAGCACGACAACAUCCUCCACUUUAUGGGCGCGGAGAAGAGGAACAACAACCUGGACCUGGAGCUGUGGCUCAUCACCGCCUACCACGAAAGGGGCUCGAUGACCGACUACCUGAAGGCCAACGUGGUGUCGUGGAAUGAGCUGUGCCACAUCACCCAGACGGCGGCCCGCGGCCUGGCCUACCUCCACGAGGACAUCCCGGGACACAAGGACGGACACAAGCCCUCCAUCGCUCACAGGGACAUCAAGAGCAAGAACGUGCUGCUGAAGACCAACCUGACGGCCUGCAUCGCCGACUUUGGCCUUGCCCUGCAGUUUGAGGCGGGGAAAUCUGCAGGAGACACACAUGGACAGGUGGGGACGCGGCGCUACAUGGCUCCCGAAGUCCUGGAGGGCGCCAUCAACUUCCAACGUGACUCCUUCCUGCGCAUCGACAUGUACGCCUUCGGCCUGGUCCUCUGGGAGCUCGCCGCGCGGUGCACCGCCGCCGACGGCCCGGUGGAUGAGUACAUGCUCCCCUUUGAGGAGGAGGUGGGUCAGCACCCGUCUCUGGAGGACAUGCAGGAUGUGGUCGUCCAUAAGAAGCUGAGGCCCGUUCUGAGGGACUGCUGGCAGAAACACGCGGGUCUGGCCAUGCUGUGUGAGACCAUCGAGGACUGCUGGGACCACGAGGCCGAGGCUCGCCUGUCCGCCGGCUGCGUGGAGGAGCGCAUCGGCCAAAUGAAGCGCCAGGCCCCCGUCAUCGGGCCCGAGGAGAUCGUCACCGUCGUCACCACGGUGACCAACGUGGACCUCCAGCCCAAGGAGUCCAGCUUAUGAGCGCCAGCCGGAGCGCGGAUCAGCGCGAGGCGAUGAGCAGCCGACCCGGGCCGGUUGGCGAGGUGUUAUUUUUCUUUUUUUGUUCCUUCUUUCCAUUUUUCUGUUUUUGUUCCUUUUUUGAAGUGCGGGCCGCUACUCGCGUUCAGGAAACACCCUGCGCCCGCCUCACCACGUCACCCGAUACCAUAUUAAUAUGUAACAUUUUACCUGUGGAAACCGUUGAGGAUGAAACAAAGAGGUGCUCAGCUGCUGGGACGCCGACACGCAACAAACACUUUUAUCAUGUAUUGUUUUCACACACACACACACACACACAGGGGGGCGACCUGUUCUGCCCGGUUUUCUACAGAGAGAGAAGAUCCGGCAGAAGAAUUUCACAGAACUCUCAGUGCAUUUUAGUGUAAAACAAAAAAGAAAAAGAAGAAAAAGACGAGCAUCAGGCUCUCAAUACUUUUGCUGUUUUCUUGUGUGCGUUUUUCUGAGGAAACGACUAUCGUUCUGCCAAUAAGCAACGGCUUCUGAAUGUUUAUAGUGUAAUGCUGCUGUACAUAGUGUAUUAUGGACCCAGGCAACUUGGUAAUCGAGCUUCUUUUGAAGGGGGAGGGGCGGGGGGGGGGGGUCCAUCUUCAAGCAUUACGGCGAUUAAAAACCAUAAACCUCCUUCAACCAGGGAUACCUCAGUUCAGAUGGACAGAUUGAAUUAGUCCCUUUUCAGUCAUCGCUCACUCAUUGUGACAUCCAAACAGCCUCUGUCAACACGGCCGUACGCGCCAAACAACCCCAGUGUUUCUCCCCUUUUCCUCCCCCUUCUCAAUCUUUAGUUGUCUCCACUUUGAUGUGUGGCUGAAUAUUGACCUUCCCUUGUUGGUUAUUUCUUUUCUCUUUGAGAUUUUGAUGAACAAAAAAAGAAUAUCCCCACGAUAAAGUGGUCGUUUAAAUAGAUUUUUUUCUUCCCCAGUUUUUUUUGGUUUGCAGUGUCAAAUGCCAACAGAGUAAUAAUAUCUAUCGCUGACCAGCCUGCUUGUGUCUGAGAUGUGGAUUUACAGGAUGUGUAUUUAUAUCUCCGGGUGAGCCAAUGUUACCUUUUGGUUCUUUUGAUCCUCGGUGUCUUGUUCCUCCUCCCACGUGUCUGCUUCCAGGAGGGGACGGGUUUGGAGCCACGCUCAUCUGGAUCAGUAUUCCUGAUCAGCCGGCUCGCUUCUGGAUUUGAUUGCUCACGCAUCUCUUUUCUUUUUCUUACUAUCAAGAGUUUCUGCUCUCUUUUGAUACACCUCAGGAAACUUUGCUACUCAUCCUCACCCGUCUCAGACAGGAGUACCUCCUCUCUUGUUGAUACGUGCCCCCCCCCCCCCUCAUCUAACAGUUGCCGUGCCGUGUGUCUCCACAGGCUUUAGGACCAGAUAGAGCUUCAUCUCAACACUAAUGUGCCGGUCGAGCCUUGUCGAUCCCCACACCCUCUUUUAUUAAGUCCUACGUCAGUAUUUCUACUGGAGCGGCCGCUCGGACCUUCGUAGCUCUGGACCUGUUCGGGCUUUUCACUAAAAUAAUGAACACAGAGGCGUUGACCGCGCAGCGAGACGAGGAGCUCUCCUCCCGGUGCCAUUUCGACGUACCAUAGUAGUUCACUCUAGUAGAUGUCAGGCAAAACGGAUGUAUUCGUCGUCGUCGUUGUGAAGCAAUGACAUUUUUCAGAGUAUUUCUUUCUCCUGAGGGACGUUGACACACUGGCGCCGACCUGCAGUCUCUCCUCCAGCUUCGGGACGGUUUCACAAGACGCGGUUUAGAAUCGAGCGUUUUCUUUUUAAACCAGAGGUGUAGAAACGUCUCUCUGCCAAAGCAUUUCAGAUCCAGUGUCGAGCCGGAGGAGAACGCGUGUUCAUUUAACCCCUCGACUGAGCUGAAUGUUCCGUUGGAGUCCCCGACCAUGAGAUGACUCAGCGUUUUUACCGCGUUGCUGCACGAGACCGAAGAGCAGGACGGAUGCGCUGACCGGCAGCAGAGGCGCCAGUAUUACUCUUCAACAGUCGCUCGCCAGUAUUUCAGAAACCGCCGGUUGUGGUUUCCUGCCAAAGUGGCGAGUAGAGCUGAGAAACCCAUCAUCAGCCCCCCCCCCAUCGCUCAGUACUAAACGGCUCUGCUUCAAACCGCGCUUUGAGGAACCGACCCGAACUAACAAACACCAUUCAGGGAUUCAGUACUAUGCUUUUCUAAGUUCUAGCAAGUUAUAUGCAACCAGUGGCGCUAAGUACCCUGCAGGAGGGACACACAACACAGACACACAAAUAACGUGUAGCAUUCUGAUUUCCUUUGUAUCCGUUACCUGGCAUAUUGAUGUGUUGUAUUUAUUUUGUUAUUUACAGGCCUGAGGUUUGGGGUAACACAACAUUGGGUGCGACUCUGAAUAAAGCUGAGUUGGCACGGUUUGUUUGAGGGGGGGGUUGUAAUUCAGGAAGUACUUUAAUUAAUUCAAAAAGAAAAGAUGUAAACUGUAACGUGCGUCUUUCUAUUCAGUCUGCGGACUGCCGACCGAGAAUGAAUGUUCUUCAGGCUCCUGGGUGGAGGUGGAGGGGGGGGGCCCGGCCGGUUUGGCGGGUUUUUCGCUUGAUUGUGCCCCGUCGCCGUGGAAACUAGUAAAACCAACGCACCCCGGGGACUCACUCCCACGCCUCCUGGUUGGACGUGAAGGAGGCAGCUGAAGCAGCACCGCCGCGCAGCGAGGAGGAGAGCAGCAGGAGUGAAGUAACUUCUGGCCUUCCUGCUGCUCCGGCCCGAGACCUCCGCCCCUCAACCCUGCACACGGGUCACCUGAACGAACCCCCGCGUCCGCUUGUGAACACGUGGAACCCGUCUCUGCUUCCCUUCUGGGCUGCGGACGGGGUCAUCGGAUGGGGUCACCCGGAGGUGUAUGGGCGGGUUUCCUCAGCAGGCGUCGCGGGCUUCUGUGUGGACUUCCUGCAGCCCAGCGCCUCACGCUGCAUAUUAACUACCAGUGAAACAUUUGUGUCUUGUUGCCCCCACUAUUUUAAGCAGUCUAGGAUGUGUACAGACAUGAGAACAUACGUACCUGUAUCAACUAUAUACUCUGAACCUUUAUAAGUGCGUGUUGAACUUCCGGUCUCCUCUCAAUUCACGUCUCCUAGCUUGGUGUUUUGCCUCGCCAGCGGGUAUGGGUCCCGGCUGCAUAAAUAUGGUCCCUUCACAAUGCGAAUAAAUGCUUUAAGUUGAGCUUUGUGUCAAGCUGAAAAGCUACAGGCCCAUUGGAGUACUUUGUAAGGCAUCCAAGAAAGCACUUAGGGGUUCCUCGCCAUUAAAGAAGAGGAAUCCUCCACGAGGUCCCUGACGGUUGUAAUUUGAAGGAGCUCCAAAGCUCUCGAACAUCAGUACUCCACUACAGGUCUUUCAUUCCAGCCCCUCCUUUUCCCACGGUUAGUCACAUUUUUAGAGGAAACAUUGGACUCGAAUGACCUCGCCGCCGAGACUUUGUCUGGAUGGAACCCCCCCCCCCUCCCUCCCCAAUCCAAAACACUACAUUUGUGACCCCACAUUUCUCAAGGCUCUGGAGUCGCAGCGCUGAUCCAGGAUCUGCCAGCGCAGCGUGUACAGGAAGCGAUGCUCACAGGGUUUCUGGUGUUUAAGGCCGGAAGUAUCCAAUAAAUCUGAUUUGGUCACAUGCUAAUAAAAUGGUUUCUUCUUUGCAUCUUGACCGAAAGAUGUGGAAAAUAGUAACAUUGAUGGGACUUAAGGCAGUAGUAGCACCAUUUCCAGGGCAGUCCCACCCUGACCUUUGACCUUGCAGUGGAGGGAGGAUCAGAAAACUUCCCUCUGAAAAGUAUUGCAGCAGAAGAACUUCAAAAACCCUGGAGCCUGAUCGGAGAGCAGAUCCCAGGUCAGCGCUGUGACCGGGCUCAUGGUUUUUAUCAGCUGAAGUGAUCCACGUGAUGUAAAUAAAUGUUUUUAGAUUGUGAA